UUGCAUACCAAAAAUAACAUUAUCUUUGCUGUGUUAGCGGAAUCGAAGGAGAAUUUGAACGGAUUGGAAAGCUGAGUUCUAAGAAUAAAUCAGAUGGAACUUCCACCCCAUGAAGGGCCUGUAAUCUCUGUGGUCGACAUGCACACGGGAGGAGAGCCUUUGCGCAUUGUCCGAAGUGGUUUCCCGGAGGUGAAAGGUGAGACUGUGCUAUCCAAACGACGCUACGUCAGAGAGCAUCUAGACCACCUAAGAAGAGUAUUGAUGUUUGAACCAAGGGGCCAUUAUGACAUGUAUGGAGCCUUGGUCGUGGAUAGUGAGAUACCGGAAGCCGACCUGGGAGUUCUUUUCAUGCACAACGAAGGUUACAGUACCAUGUGUGGUCAUGCAAUCAUUGCACUUGGAAGGUUCGCUGUUGACUACAAUCUUGUUCAGGAGCUAAGGUCGCCGGAGACGCAGGUGAAUAUACACUGCCCCUGUGGCCUGGUUAAGGCAUUUGUGGAGUAUUCCAAUGGUAGAACCGGAGGCGUGAGGUUCCACAGUGUUCCAGCAUUUGCAUUUGCUACAGAUGUGGUUGUAGCAUUGACCGGGCAUGGUAAUGUUUCUGUGGAUAUAAGCUACGGAGGAGCAUUCUACGCAUUUGUAAGUGCAGAAAGAUUUGGCCUGAGCGUCAGUAAGUCCAGGACCAGGGAUCUGGUGGAUGUAGCUACUGCUGUGACCAACGCCGUGAAAUUACAGGUGAAACUGCACCACCCAGCCAGUGAGGAUCUAGCCUUCCUCUAUGGCACCAUCCUCACAGACGGAAAAGAUGCCUAUUCUGAAGAGCCGACUGCCAACAUAUGUGUGUUUGCAGAUGCCCAGGUGGACAGAAGCCCAACCGGUUCAGGGGUCACUGCCCGUGUGGCUCUCCAGUACCACAAAGGCCUCAUCAAACUGAACCAGACCAGGAGCUUCCAGAGUGGGGCCACAGGAUCUCUGUUCACUGGCAAAGCUGUUCAGGAGACCACCUGUGGAGACUUCAAGGCUGUGGUGGUUGAGGUGGCGGGCCAAGCACACUACACUGGUGUGGCCAGCUUUGUUCAAGAAAGUGACGACAAGCUACAACUUGGUUUCCUGCUGAAGUAGUAGCAGCCACCAUUGUCUACUUUUGAGUCUCAUCACCCAAAGCAGAGGACCAUAUUCAAAUAAUACAAAAAAAAAAGGCUACAUUUUUAAACUAAUACUAUUCAUCUUGUGAGAGUUUACAAUGCGCUGAAAGAAUUAGAAAGUACUCACUGAUUAAAUCUGCACGUCAUGCA